AUGGCUGGUGACGGGAGGGUCACCAGCAUUACUUCACUGCCCCAGCCAAUCAGCACCUCACCCAAGCCUAUACAAGGCCACCACCCACAAAACACGCAGGGUGAGAGAAGUCUGAACACCACCGCGACCACCACCACCACCACAGUACUGGACACCAUCCCCACCACUACAGUGCUGGACCCCACCCCUAUCACCACAGUACUGAAUACCACCCCCAGCACCACAGUACCCACUUCUCUACUGCUCUCCUCCCUAGCAAAUCAGAUAAUAAGAGAUAUGGAUGAGAGGCAUUCCAUUCUUCCAACCAGUGCAGCUGCUGGCCCACUUACCAUUACCACUGCUUCUGGCAACACAACAUCCAGUCCUUUGAACACGACUAUUAACUGUGUUCCUUAUGCAUCUCAGCUCUCCAACCUCAUUAUCCCUGCCACCCCAAGUAGAACAGUGAGCACUGUUUUGCCUCCUCUUGUGCUCCAAUCUCUCGUCUUGCCCAGAUCUCCGGCCAGACCUCUCAACACCACCACUGGUAUCCCCUCCACUAGUUCAUGUGUAACAGCCAUUACAGCUGAUCCUUGCAGCACUAACAGUGAUCUGCCCUCUGACUCCAAACUCUCUGCUGCAUCAAGGGUGCUGCAUGCAACCAGUGAUGUACAGUCACCCUUGGUACAGUUCAAACACCAACGGACACAUUCAACAAGUGAAAUACUUAGCAAGGCACACAGUGAGACCCAACUCCUCCAAAAGGUUCCCAGUACCUCAUAG